UGCGGACACGCCCAGAGGUGGGCGGAAGGCGGCGCUGUCAGUGGCGGAGGUUAGCAGUGAAGUGUUGUGUAUACAGGCUGUGUACACCGUUAUCUACCAUACAGAGAGCGAUCGGCACAGCGACUCGUACAGGAACCCACCGUCUACGUACAGGAAGUAGGGAGUCACACACAGCCCAGUCCAGCCAAGCCGGGGAUCGCCGAUCAGGCUCCGCUGGGUCAUGGAUCACCAAUACCUCCAGGCCGCCAGCCGGUACCAAGUGCUUGAGAAUGAAGAUGACUCUUCGGAAGCUCCAGCCAUAGAACAGCCAUCAACCUCCUCACAAGCUCCUCAGGCUGCCCAGGCAUCUGGAAGUUCUACAGUAGACGCAUCUCCUCCACCUUACAGCAGUAUUGUGUCUGACAUUGCCACAAACACAGAAACACAGAGUGAAUUCUACCCUGUACCACCUCCUUACAGCGUAGCCACUACUCUUCCAACUUAUGAUGAGGCUGAGAAGGCCAAAGCCGCAGCAAUGGCGGCAGCAGCUGCUGAAGCGGCGCAGAGGCACGGCCCAGUUAGAGAGUCUAGGAGUCUGUUUGAUGAAAUAUUCCUCAGUCCUUCAGAGGAAGAAGAAUAUCCUCCACGGGAUGACUUCAGCGACGCUGACCAGUUAAGAGUGGGAAAUGAUGGAAUCUUCAUGCUCGCUUUCUUCAUGGCUUUCAUUUUCAACUGGAUUGGAUUCUGUUUAUCGUUUUGCAUAACCAACACAAUUGCUGGACGCUAUGGAGCAAUCUGUGGCUUUGGAUUAUCACUGAUCAAAUGGAUUUUAAUUGUCAGAUUCUCUGACUAUUUUACUGGAUAUUUCAAUGGACAAUACUGGCUUUGGUGGAUAUUCCUUGUACUUGGAUUGUUGCUCUUCUUUAGAGGGUUUGUCAAUUACCUCAAGGUGCGAAAUAUGUCUGAAAGCAUGGCAGCUGCUCACAGAACACGAUUUUUCUUCUUGUACUAGAGGCAACUGCAACCAAACAUUCCUUUUCCCCAGAGUGAGCCAACAUCGUCUACAACUUGAUAAACAGUCAAGAAGACUUCAACACAAGAUGCGCCAUUUGAUUUCCAGCAGCUCUGGUUGCUGGAUGGAAUGAUUAUACUGUAAAUAUUGCUGAUAAAACUGCACAUUGCUAAGUGGAAGGCUUUCCAAAGCCUGUACAGUAAGAAGACUAAAUAAAUGUGUAGCAUGUUAGACUUGACCUUCUCCAUCCUAAUACAUUACUGGGACAUGCAAGUUAUUGUUGCGGUGUCCCAGUUUUUCUUUCUCAUCCAACGCCAAACCGUUGAUUUAUUAUAUCCUGUUUUGCUGGAUUAGACAACAAAACAAUAUUCAUAACGUAUACUACUGGAGCAUGAGUAGGUUUUCCUAACCAGGCACAACUAUUUUGCAGAUCGUGACGUAAUCCAUUGUAAAUAUGCAUCUCUGUAUGACUGAAUGGCAGAAUCAUUAUAUCCGUAAGCAAACUCCAUUAAGUUAAUUUAAAUAUGAAUAAUAAUAUGUCUAUUUUUACUAACAUUAGCUUUUUUGUAUGAAUGACUAGAACAAAGGUACUUAAUACACAAUAUUCUAGAUUUCAAACCACAUAAAACGUGCCAUACAAUCA